AUGAGAGGAUGUCAACAUCAUAGAUACUGUAGUUACACGCGUUACUAUUAUACUGCCAUUUGUUAGACCGAAUAAAAUGCUACACAGACAAGCAUCUCGAUUACUAAACUACUCUAAAGUGCAAGGACGAUACGUUUCAAUUAAAAAGUACAGCAAUGAAGCUGAGACUAGAGCAAUAAUUCUUGGACUCCAUACACCAAAAGAAAAAGGAUCAGACUCAAAUUCUACUUCAAAAAUAUCUGUAAAAGAAAUCAAAGGAACUGAAUCGUUUAAUUUUUACAACAAAAAAUGGAACAAUGAUCUAACAGAUCUGGUAAGUAUCGGGAAUCCCCUCAAAGCAGGACAAGCUCGGACAUUCUAUGGAAAAAAAGAUGAGUUUUCAGCAGUCACUGUUGUUGGCAUCGCUGAAAGUGACCCAGAAGUUAAAUCAUCAGAGCUAAUUGAUGAUGAGAAAGAAAACAUGAGACUGGCAGUAGCAGCUGGAAUAAAAAGCUACAAAGAUUCUGGUUUCUCCUCACUUCACGUUGAUGCAGCAGUUUCACCACUAGGUGCUGCUGAAGGGGCAUUUCUCGCAUCAUGGAGUUACAAGGAGAAAGAACGAAACAAAUUUCCUUCAACAAUAUCACCAUUGCAAGAACAAGAUGAACAGGAAUGGAAUGUAGGAAAAGUUUACGCAGAUUGUCAAAACUUUGCUCGCUUUUUAAUGGAGAGUCCGGCAAACUUAAUGACACCAACUCUAUUUGCUGAGAAUGUAAGCAAAGCAUUUGAAGAUGCUAAAAAAGACACAAAAGGAAGUAUUGAAGUUUUUGUUCGAGAUCGUGAUUGGAUUGAGAAGGAAAACAUGGGAGCGUUCCUUAGUGUGAGCAAUGGAUCAGAUGAACCACCAAAGUUUGUAGAAAUCCACUAUAAAAGUGAAAACUUCAAUGGUAAACCAUUAGUAUUGGUUGGGAAAGGAGUUACAUUUGAUUGUGGUGGUAUAAGUAUCAAACCUUCACAAGCGAUGGAUGAAAUGAGGGCCGAUAUGGGUGGAGCUGCUACUGUUACUUCUGCUAUUUUAGGAGCAUGCAAACUGAAUGCACCAGGACAUAUUAUUGGGUUGAUUCCUCUAUGUGAGAACAUGGUGAACGGAAAAGCAACCAAACCUGGUGAUGUGGUCACUGCAAGAAAUGGAACACAAAUACAGGUAGACAAUACAGAUGCUGAAGGAAGAUUGUUGCUAGCAGAUGCAUUGCUAUAUGGACAGGAUUUCAAACCUACUGCUAUACUUAAUGCUGCUACACUAACAGGGGCAAUAGUUGUUGCAUUGGGCACUGCUGUAACUGGGGUGUAUUCAAACAAUGAAUUGCUAUGGAAUCAACUACAAAAUGCAGGGCAAAGCACGGGUGAUCGAAUGUGGAGAAUGCCUUUGUUAAAGCAUUAUUCAAGUCAGGUGAAGCCAUCACAGCUUGCGGAUAUCAACAAUGUUGGUACUGGUGGCAGGGGAGGUGGUUCAUGCACUGCAGCAGCUUUCUUGCACCAUUUUGUUGACCAAGGGGUAAAAUGGGCACAUCUUGAUAUAGCUGGUGUGAUGUCUACCAAUGGUAGCGAUCUACCAUACCUAUGCAAAGGAAUGGCUGGAAGGCCAACACGUACACUUCUAGAAUUUAUCCGCAAUUAUGAAUCUUAAAAAUCCACAAUUAUGAAUCAUAAAAUCGAAAUAAAAGCAUAUGGAACUGCUUG